AUGAAAAUUAAGAAUAAUAUAAGGCAAUAUUAUAUAGUUGUGUAAAUUCAAUUAUAUUUUUAAUUUUGUGCUUUUUACUCGACUUUUCAUAGUGAGUCAGAUUUACCUUUUUCCACAAUUAUUGGAUCAGAUGAAUUUAUUAUAUUUUUUGUAUUCACUUAUUAGCUUUACAAAUAUCCCACUCAUCCUCAUGGAGAGUUAGAUACACUGAUAACAAUAAGAGAGGCUUUUUUUAUAAUUUAUCACUCUUUAUUCUAUUAAUAUGUACAUUUCUAGAUUUUUUAAUAUUGGAACAGAAGUUAUCUUGUUGGUUAUCUAUUUUGCUAAUUUAAUCUUUAUUUUUAAUAAUGA